AUGAUACAUAUUAUCUGUAUAGAGGACGGAUGGAGAGAGGAGAGAUGAGAGUCGAUGCAAAUAUCUCUGUACGAGAACUUGGAGAUAAUCGUCUUGGAACUAGAACUGAAAUUAAAAACCUCAAUUCUCUCAGGUCUGUGAGUAGAGCUGUUGAAUAUGAGGUAUGGAGACAGAUUAAUUUGAUUGAGGACGGAGAAAUUGUUGAAAACGAAACAAGAGGAUUUGAUUUUGCUGCUCGGUCCACUCAUAGUAUGCGAGAUAAAGAGAGAAAACAGGAUUACAGAUUUAUGCCUGAGCCAAAUCUUCCUCCUUUGCGGCUCAGAGCCGAGCAGGUUGAGGGGGAGAGGGCAAAUCUUCCAGAACUACCGCAGCAAACUAGACUCCGAAUUCAGGAAUAUGGUGUUUCAGAAGAAGUUUCUUUUCAGUUGGUUGAUAAGCCAGAACUUUUAAAUCUCUUCAAUAGCUGUGUAGAAUUUUCCCCAAAGAACUAUAAAUCACUAGCAAGCAUUAUACUUCUCGUUGUUCAGGAAUAUUUGAGUUUUAACUCCGUUAACCUGACCUCUACUCCUCUUGACCCUGAGUCGCUAGUUACGGCGGUCAACCUUAAGGAGUCACGGACAAUUAACUAUUCAGCACUCAGGGAGCUGGUACGGUUACUACUAGACGGAGAUAAACGAAGACCUGAACUUAUUAUUGAUGAGAAUGGUUGGCGACUUAUUACUGAUAAAACCAUUAUUAAUAAAUUUGUUGAAGAGUGUAUGGUUGAGCACUCUGAUAUUGUAAACAAAUACUGUAGUGCAAAGGAGAAGAAAAAGAAAAAUGUAUGGACCAACCUUCUUAUUCAGGUGAACAAGGAUGACCGAACUGAGAAGCUGGAUAUGUCAAUCAUGAGUCAGCUGCUACUCCAGGCUCUAGAGAAACAGAGAAAUAUUAUUCAAGAAAAUAAAUUAAAAUCCCCAUAAAGAGUCUGUAAACGUAAUUUUACGAAGAGAUAUGUCCGAUUUAC